ACACACACACUUAAAAGCAGAGAGAGAAAACUGAGAAAGACAGACAGACUGAAAGCUCUUUAGGUCAGAAGUAGAAUUUCUCAAUUGAUAAAAGAACGAAAGUAACACUGAGAGGAUAUCAAUUUCGGUGUUUCCCUUCUUACAUUUCUUUCCUGUGGGUAAGAAGAGAAAAGGGGAAUAGCAUAUUUCACUUCUUUUUUUGAAAUACUGUAGUUUUUCAUCGCUUCAUUAAGUAUUCUUCACAUGCCCCACAGCCACAGACGAUAAGGACACAGUGAGAAGGUCCACUGAAGAUCAGAAGAUGAACAACACACUGUCAAACACUUCCAUCAAGUGUGUUCGGGAUACCAGUGUCACAUCUGUGAUUUUCCCCUGCCUAUACAGCAUCCUCUUUAUAGUCGCCCUGAUACUGAAUUCCCUGGCUGCAUGGAUCUUCUUCAGCAUCCCCAGCUCCUCAACAUUUGUGGUCUUUCUUAAAAAUGUGGUGGUGGCUGACUUGCUGAUGACCCUGACCAUCCCUCUGAGAGUCUUAAGUGAUGCAGGUGUGGGUCACUGGCAACUACGCGCCUUCCACUGCCGAUACUCUGCCGUUCUCUUCUACAUUACCAUGUACAUCAGCAUCCUCUUGCUGGGCCUCAUUAGCCUGGACCGCUACCUGAAGAUAGUCAGGCCCCCCGGGAAGUGUGCCCUGCAGCGGGUUCGUGUUGGUCAGGCCCUGAGUGCUGCUGUCUGGGUGGUCAUGUUGACUUUAGCAUUACCCAACGUUAUCCUAAGUGACCAGCCGCCACAGGUUUCUGGAGACAGACUGAAGUGCACCUCCAUGAAGAGCAAAGCCGGCCUUCUCUGGCAUGAAGGAUUCAACUACUUCUGUCAGGUGGUUUUCUGGGGCACGCUGGCCUUGAUGGUGGUUUGCUACACGUUCAUCAGCAAGAGGGUUUAUGAGUCAUACAAGGCCUCAAAGAGCAAAUCUCAAGCAGUCACUCGCAGAACCAAGGCAAAGGUUUUUGUGGUGGUGGGGGUGUUUUUCAUCUGCUUUGCCCCCUUUCACUUUGCCCGCGUUCCCUACACUCUGACGCAAACUGGCAGCAUGGUGAGCCAUUGCCAGGCCCAGAAUGCUCUCUACAUCGCAAAGGAAACCACCCUAUGGCUGUCGGCCACUAAUGUGUGUCUGGACCCGCUUAUCUAUGUGUUCCUGUGUAAAGUGUUUAGUAAAAGACUGGCAGCUGCAAUCUGCUGUAAGCCCCUCCACAAAGGUGCCAUGGAGUCUCACACAGCAACAUCAACUCAAAUGGAGAUGUCACAGAUUGCCCAAAGUAACAGACUGUCAUAUAGUGGGAUGUCACAGUAACACGCUGGACAAUGCACAAUGGAAAAAUAAUAAAUGUAACUGUCAAGGCGUGAUGAAACACUGCCUGAAAAUGUAUUUUACUUGUAAAUAGCUUUUUUUUUGAUGACACCGGUUUUAAAAAAUCUCAAAUGAAUGCAAGGUGAUCUAAAUCUGUUGAAUUGGCAAUGCUACGUGACAGAAACAUAUGCAAUUAUGUCUGGAGGUGGUCAUGAAGUUUCAUGCCAACAAUGAAAACUGUUUUUGAUACAAAACUAACCAAGCACUUCUGUCCCAUGUUUUGCAAAGUCAUCCAACACAUUUCCUCAAGUGUCCUUACUGUCAUCAUCUACUUCCUCUUCUUCUCUAAUCUCAUUCCAACUGCACUUUCCCUAUACAAAACUUUGGCAAGAGGGUAAAAUCUUGACAGCACAUAUUCUCCAAUGAUUACACCACGCAGCCAAUGUGAUCAGGGGCCGAAUGAUAACAAAAUGCGGACUGCAAUAGAUACUGCUUAAAGCUAUAACUUAGGUGCAAUAUAAAUAACAAUAGUAAUACAAUUCAUAUUUUUCAUAA